UCAUGGGGAACAGAGAUGUUUCAUCUGACGCUGGAUGGAUCACGCAGGGAGAUUCUGUGAGAUUUAACACUGAUGUUUCAGCCACUUGAGAAGUUGGUGAGGGUGAAGUUCACAAUGUGUGAAGGGUGACUGAUGUGAGCAGAUUUUUCAGCACAGGGGAUUCUAAACUUCCUACAAUUUGAACCAACACUUAAAGGUCCUGCAAGAAAUUGAGUACUGUACAUUUGGAUGUACCUCCAACAGCACACAUUUUGUUCAAGCUUGAAUUAUCGUCUCUGAAAGAUCUCUGAAAGAAGAUGAAUCAAAGAAGUCUGGGAUUCUGUGUGUACUUGCGACAGCAAUGAGAGAAUCCCUUUCAACAGUUUCAGACCCUAUUUCAGACGAGGAUGGAGUUAUUACACCACAAAGAGUAACUAUGCAUAAUGCUUCAAGCUAAGAUCAAGAGCAAAGAGCACCCAACGACGAUUGCAUAAUUUUGUUGCAACAGUAGGAAGCUGAUAACUUUCUACGGUUAUACCACAACUUAGGUAGCUGAUAGUCAUUGAAAUCUGUGAACUGACAACGUGGAGUUGAGAAACUGAGUAACAGUGAAGCCAACCAGACACCAAAAUGACAUUGGAAAUGGAUAUAACAUUUCUCAAAGGGCUGGAAAGGGAGAAGGUUCUGGAAGUUCUGUGUCGGGAUGAAAAGUUACGGAAGGCUGAGGAAGAGCGGAUAAGGAAGCUGAAAUCUGAAUUUCAGGAAAUUCGCCGGAGAGGGGCAAAAAGUUUCAGCCAGGAAUACAGCAGCCGGUCCUGUGCUCGAUGUCAGCUGUCGCUGGGGCUGGUGUUUGGCCGUGGUGCUCUGUGUAGUAUCUGCAGUCACAAAGUGUGCAGUAAAUGUCGUGUCCACAGGAGCAACACAGCAUGGAAGUGCAUCGUAUGCCAUGCUCAUGGGCAGGUGAAGGUGAAAUCUGGCGAGUGGUUUUUCGAGGAAAGAGCAAAGAAAUUUCACUACGAAGAAGACAAACAUGAAACAAUAAGUGAGAGGCUACUGAGGACUAUUCACACAGUGAGCAAUAUUUCCAUCGUGCCUCCUACUCCACCACCUUUUGUUACCGGUGUUCCUGGAGAUCAAUCGCAGCAGAGCCACUCUAGAGGAUUUACUAAGUCUAUGGAAAAUCUAUUUUGGUCUCUCACCGGCUAUAAGAGAAAAUUCUCCUUGUCCCACGAUGAUGUGACUAAAAAUAGCAAGUUACUUACAGCGGAUUAUGGACAAAAUACCUGUGAGUUGAAGCAAAGGAGUCAAUCUGAUACGGCCAUCAGCAACGCAGGCAAGUCCCGACCCUCUGGAAGUCUACCUAACAUCAACAAGUUGGAUGAGAAGGACGGAAAACAUUUUGAGGAAGUGAACUUGAACCAGGAAGAGGAGGAGGUCAGCUCCUCACAGACCCAGGUGAACGUAAGAAAAAAAACAGGCAGCAUACAUAGCACCAGCAGUACUUACACUGAGCCCGAUAACUUUGACGACGCUGCCAUCACAGGGCAAAUCGAGUUUGCUGUCCAGUACAACUUUAAAACAGCCACUCUGGAAAUCCUCAUCAAAGCCUGUAAACAUCUUGCCAGUGGGGACGAGAAAAAGAAAAAGUUAAACCCGUAUGUGAAGACCUACUUGCUUCCUGACAAAUCUUCUCAGGCUAAAUCAAAGACCGCAGUGAAGAAGAACACAGUGAAUCCAGUUUUUAAUGAAACAUUAAAGUACAAAAUUGAGCGUUCUAUGUUGGAGACACGGACACUGCAGGUCUCUGUGUGGCACUGCACUGCUCUCAAACGCAACACCUUCCUGGGAGAGGUCAGCAUCCCUUUUGAAACCUGGAAAUUUGAAGAGAUAUCAACUCAGUCCUACAACUGGUAUCAGCUUCGAACCAAGGUAACCUCAGUGCGGUAAUUCUCAACUGAAGCGCACAAGAACAUGAUUCUGAUCAUCUGGUCUCUUUGCAAAAUAGAAUCAGCCUCUAUGCAAAUUCUUCAGACUAUUAAAAAGAGGUACAAACAACAUUGAUUCCAAUGGGAACAUCUCUGUAAUUAUAUACAAAUCCAAAUGCAUGGAAAGAAAAACCAUAUCAAGUAAAUGGCUGAAGGAUUGUAAGUGCGAAGCAAAGGCUGGGUCUGAGCAUGCAACUAAUACUGUACUUGCAUGAUGCCUUUUCCUGUGCUAUGUGCUUAGGAUGAGCUGCAGUUGCAUUUGAAUGAUGUCUACCCUCUUGCUUAGGUUAUGUAAUUGGAAGUGGAUAUGGAGGUUGCAGACUCAAAUCCCAGUCUGUGAACGAGUCAGUAAAUCUUGGUUGGGCAGCAAGUGUAGCUAUGUAAAUAGCCUCAGUGAUCCCCGGGUUGGUCAAGGGGAUCAUCAGCCAGUGUCCCCAAUCCUCAUUGCUAUCAGAACCCACUGCUGGAAGAUGCAUGUGUUUGGACAACAAUAACACACAUUUAUAUCAUGCCCUUAUGUGAUGUAGUGUUUCAGAGUGCUGAACGUGUUAUGAGGACAGGAUUAGGCUUGGCUGGAGUGUCCCAAAGGUCAAAAAAUUCACUGUCAAGAUUCACACAGUGUAAAAUACUUGUCACAUAGGCAGGGUACUGAGGGUCUCCAGUACCUGUGGAGCUGGAUCCCUCUGGUUGGGCAAAAACGCGAGUCAAAUGACCUCAGGAGAUGUUGAAGAGGGGAGAAUAUUGGCAGAAAAAUUAAAGAUAAUUCAGCUCAAAGCUACACAUGAAGUCUUGUUAUGUAUUAAUCCAAAGAAU